AUGCGGUUUGCCUCUUUGCUCUCCCUUUUGGGACUUCUCAUCGCCGCUGUCUACGCAGUGGCUGACGAGACAACAACUCUGUUUGACUCACUCCCCGAUUUCAACAGAACGGAUCUCUUGAGCCGCGUUGACGAUCCCGUGAUUGUAUUCCUCAGCAACGAAGCUAGCCUUUCUGACAUUGGCGUAUCCGCUCAAGCUGAACUGGUCCUUGAUCUUGUGUCUCGGAUUCACUUUACUGGAGACGGACCCCAGUACGUCAAGGUUGCGAUCCCCGAUAAGGCCAAGGACACCGUUGCCGUGGUUCAAGAACUCUACAAUCGAGGCAUUCGCACCUUUGUUGGGCCAGAAACGAGCGCUCAAGCUUUUGCUCUCGGACAAUGGGCGGAAUCGGAAGUCGAUCCCAAGGAAGAUGUCGUGUUCUUUUCCUUCUGGGCGAGCAAUCCGGGAUUGGCAGAGUAUUCGAGUAUCAUACAGUUGAUCCCAAGCGACGUCGACUUAGUCAGUGCAUUCUUGGCUCUGCGUCUCGACGUGCCGGGUCGAAAAUUCAUUUCGGUCAUCCACGAUGAUGGCAUCUACGCCAAAGGUAUCGCCGAUCUAUUCAUGAAGAAUGCCCAUCAUUUGAUGGCGGCGAUGUGCGAGCUUCCGACCAACCAAGUCGAAGCCAGCCAAGCACGUUCCUGUACUGACAGUAUUGUACAAGCUUCGGCUCCAGAAGAGACCAUGGUGGUUCUGAUCACUUCUGGACAAGAUACUCGCGUAGUGUUGCAAGCAGCAUUUGACGUUUAUACUUCUCUUGGUUAUUCAGGGAACAGUAACGGUGCAGUUAUGUGGGUUGGCGGAGAUUCGAUUGCCUUUGACGCGAGCGCCUUUGAUGAUGCCGAUGUUGAGACUGAUAUCUGGAGAGGAGCGCAACUUGUUAACCUUAACGCUGUUGUAGCAGGUCCCGGUCCUUUGGCGUCUGACAAUGAUCUGACCAUCAAGUUUUGGAAUGAUUUCGCAACCUUUCUUGGCAGCAUGGAGGGCGACGAUGUGGUUGCUUCGUCGGAUGUCUCGCCAAUUGUCCUUAUAGCAGCUGAUGUCGCGUCCCUUAUUUUCGUUAUGAGUUCCCAAGGGGCCAUUCAUGGUGGCGGGUGCGAUCGAGAAGACCUUCGUAUUGCCAUCUUGCGACUAAGCCCUUUUUUGUUCGCUCAUACUGGGCCUCUUCGACUGAGUACAGCGAUGCAACGUCGGCAAAUGCCUUUUGUUGUGGCGGGUGUCGUCAAGCAAGACUCUCGGCCCCCGCUAAAAGAUGGCAUUUGGCAAUCCAAGAGUAUUAUAACCUUGUCCCAAACUGGGGUAAGCUUUGAGAUUUCCAGUGCCCCCAUGGCAGCCAUCAUCCCGUCCCGAAAUAUGCUCAAAACUCAGAGCAUUUCCAAUCGACAACGAAGAUAUUUGUCGGCGUCAAGCAUCCUUAUAACAGACAAGGAGCAAAAAGAUCUGUUCAAAGGCGAUGUCGUACUCAUGGUCAAAAAUGACAACAUGUUUAAUGCUUUUGAUGGAGCGAAGGGAACAACUCUGGGUCAAUUGUCCCCGGACAUAAAGCCAAUGAGUUUUGCUGCGUCUUUUCCUCGUCGUUUGGAGGAGGGAAAGUUUUCCCAAAUCCUCGUGCGCUCGGUGAUUGGGGAUAGCCGGCUUGCUUUCCAGCCAAGCGGAUGGGCAAGUGAUAAAUGUCUUCGACAAAUUGAACGUACCAUGACCUUUUCGGAAAUGGCAGAAGAGCCAGGGUUGUCUUCGUCACUGUGCGGAACGAGUCAAACGGGAUUCGUCCUCUCUUUGAUUGGAUUAACAUCGGUACCCUUGACCGGCGCCGAGGUGUCCGACUUCGUGGACUGUGAUCAGCGUCGUCUCCUUGCAGCAGGACGUGAAGCGGGCAACGCUGCUGCAUCAUUUCAAACAUUUGUAUCCAAGAACGGCGACGACAAUGCAAGAAACCUGACUUGUGUUGAAUCUCAAGUCCUCUACUCUCAUCAAGUGGGACAUCUUGCCAUGUGGGGCGAUCAGGUUUGCGCGAUCGGCUCUGGUCAUGCAAGCUUGGGUGAAGCCUAUGAAGGGGUUCAUGAAUCAUUGUUUGUGUCUUCUGGUCCUGCCAAGCCAAUGUUGGACCUACCAGGUCUUAUUCAAAGCAUUGUACAACAGGGCAAUGAUUCUGUCGACCUCAUGGACGAACGAUUCUCGUCGCAUAUCCGUGGAGAAGAUUGGACGUGUGGCUGCGAUUCUGCCGGAACUCAUGUUACCUGUACUCAGAUGUACACGCUGAUGGAAUGUCCUUUGUCGUCCUCGGAUGAAGAUGGCGGCCGUUUAGAUCUUGAGAGAGAUUGUUGUAUCCGUCAAGCUGAGUCUGUCAGCUGCGAAGAAAGCGAUCCAUUUACUUGUACCAACGCCAUUAUAAAGUAUAUGGAAGAUCGUGAUGAACAGUUGGCGAAACACAAGUCUCAAAUCGCCAUACACCCCAAAGCUGUUAUGGAAGGGUAUCGCUUACCAUUGGUCCUUCAAACCAAUACGACUUCGGAUGCUGGGGCCCCCUUUAUUGCAGACUUUCAGCUUGGUGAAUGCUUUCGUUAUGAUCAGUUUGAAAGAGAUUCGGAGAUGAAAUUUCAGGGGCAAGGUGACCCCAGCAAUCUCCGGUUCAAAACAACGGCUACGAGAACCAGCCAUCAUCAUGAGUCGAGAAGCGAUGAGCAUGUUGAGGCACGGAGUUGCCAAGACUAUGUAGGCAAAGAGAAAGGAAUUUGGGUGGACGUUACCUAUGGCGACAAUUGUACAUGGUACGAAGUAGAGCCUGACGCUUGUGAAUACUAUUCGGACGAUGAGGGAACGGAUGGCUUGACUGCUGGCCAAGCCUGUUGUGAGUGUGGCGGAGGCAGUACUAGCAACUUUGGCGCCACCGAUCCCCCUGUUGCACCUGCCACUGUUGUUCCAGGAUCAGCCGGUAGCGACGCAACCGAGUGGGUCCAAGCUCACAACACACGCCGCAAGAAGUAUGCCAACAUGUGGGGACUCGAGUACAAACCAGUUGGAUGGAACGAAGAUCUUGCUGCUCAAGCCCAAGCUUGGGCUGAUCACCUAAUUACCAAGGACUGUGGAUCCAUUUAUCAUGCCACCGACGAUUGCUUGGUGGCAGGAGAGAACAUUCGCAUCAAGAAGAGUUCGCCUGAUCCUCCGGAAAAGGACAUCGAUGCUGUGCUCUAUUCUUGGACUGAAAAAGAGAUUGAAAACACCGCUCGUCCGGAUAAAGCCGGUCAUGCUGCACAGGUGCUCUGGAAAGGGUCCACAGCCAUUGGUUGCGCCAUCGCUACUGGAUACUGCAGUGAUAUCGACUGGGAAGCCUCAGUUCAAGUCUGCCGAUACUUUCCACAGGGAAACUACAACUGUGGGGGGCACUGCAUCGACUCUGUGAAGAACAAUACGAUGGAAGUCAGGAAGAACGAUGCAAUUCAAUCUACUAGCGCCUUGCACGAAUGCCUCAAAAAAGAGGUUGACAAUUAUGCUUAA